CAACUGUUAAAGCAACCAGCGAUCAAGCAACAUUGUAAGUCUCGGUAAUAGUUUCACACGGUUUCUUUUACCUUGGUGAUUUUAGCAGAACUAAAAGAUACCACGGCACUGUUCGUCUACAAAGCGAGGUUCAUCAAAAUGAACAACUCCUCCAUCUCCACUCAGGGAAAUGAGAAAGAACCAAACAUGAAGUUAUCAGAAUUAAUGGCGUGGAGUUCUGCGUAUGGAUUUGUCGAUGUUGUCAUCCUUGUUGGCAAUGUCCUUACCCUCACCGUUUUUUCUACAAACAAGAAGCUUCUUCGCAUGCGUGCAAAUUACUUCCUGAUAAAUCUGGCACUAGCGGAUAUGAUGGUUGGUACGUUCGCUAUACCCAUGUACCUUUACCACUUAAUUGCGGCAUGGGAAAAGGGUCACAGCGUUUGGAUGCAAUAUAGUUACAAGAUUUACAAGGUGGUCGAUGUUUUUGUUGGCUGCGCCUCCAUAUUUACCCUCACUGUUAUAGCCUUGGAGCGAGCAUUCUCAGUUUGUUUGCCUCAUGUUCAUCGUCACGUCAGAAACAACAGCUACUAUGGACUUCUUGGCCUAAUAUGGCUGUUGUCUAUUCUGGUCUCUUGUUUGCGAUUCCUUUUUGAGGAAAAACUCCUCUCACUGCCGUUUUUUUUCUACUUCAUGUUGGUUUCCUUUGCCGUCGCCCUCUCGAUAAUUUGCGUAUCUUAUGUGGUAAUAUGGUUCAAAAUGAAAUUUCGUUUCGCCAGGAGAGACAGCGUACAUAAGCGGUCCGGUGAACAUGACAAACGACUCGCUGUAAUACUGUCUACAGUAACUGUUGUGUUUGUUCUCACCUGGAUGCCAUUUCAAGUCAUAAACAUUGUAGCAUUUUUCUGCAUGUCUUGCCAGAAAAUGCCCAACGAGAUCGCUUACUUUGCAAAGUUUUUGCACUAUGGUAACUCAUGCGUCAAUCCUAUUAUUUACUCAUUCUUGGUACCUGAGUUUAGGAAGACAGUUGUCAAAAUUUGCAGCAAAAUAAGAGCUUAAUUUACAUUGAAAGUUGAAAUGAAUAAUACAUAAAACUUAGUAAUCGCGAAGCAAUUUUUCAAUUUUGCCGAUAUAUAUUUCCAGUUCCUGUCUGAAGAUAAAGGGUAUUGCAGUCUGGUACAUGCAAACUAUUGUAGGGGUGAUAUUUUAGUCAGUGAAACCACCAGUUCUAAACUAGACUCGACUCAUGCUAGUUAGACGAAAAGUAUUGAAUGUCCGUCUAUUAUUUUAACAGCGUGAAUUCCAUCAAUUUUCAUAGCUGGAGAAAAGUUAACAUUAUCGAUAAUGAAAAAAAUCAUAUCAUAAUUUCUUAUGGUAG